AUGCUUUCUGCCCUCCGUCCUCUCGCCCGCCCCCUCGCCCGGUCUUGCGUCGCCAAGCCCGUCGUUGCCUCCAGGUUCGCCGCGCUUAGGUUCGCCUCGACCACCAAGUACUCCACCGACCACGAAUGGGUAACUCUCGACUCUGAGACCAACAUCGGUACCGUCGGUAUCACCAACUACGCCCAGAAGGCUUUGGGAGAUGUCGUCUUUGUCGAGCUCCCCUCAGAAGGCACUGAAGUCGCCCAAGGAGAGACCGUCGGCGCCGUCGAGUCUGUCAAGGCCGCCUCUGACAUCUACGCCCCCGUCUCUGGUGUCGUCGAGUCCAUCAAUGAGAUCCUUGGCGAGCAAGCCAACCUGCUGAACAAGUCCCCCGAAAAGGACGGCUGGCUUUGCAAGGUCAAGCUCUCCAACCCCGCCGAGUUUGACGACCUCCUCGAUGAGGCUGCCUACAAGGCCCACUGUGAUGGCAACUAG